GAAAGUUCAGAAAAGCCUAAUGGCUUAGUUCAUUUACAAGAACAACUUCUUAAUGAUAUCUUGAAAACAAAUUUGAAAAUUGGUGAUGUUGAUAGAGGAAUCAGUAUAAUUGAGGAAAGAAUUCAUGGAAAAAAGGUUCUUGUUAUUCUAGAUGAUGUGGAUGACUUUGAAAACCUGCACACGUUAGUCGAAAAGCAAUGGUUUCAUCCAGGAAGCAGAAUUAUUGUAACAAGUAGAGAUGAACAUUUGCUAAGUCAAUUGGGAGUAGAUGCAAAAUAUCAAGUAAAAGAACUAAAUGAUUGGGAGUCUCUUCGACUUUUCUCCUAUCAUGCCUUUGGGAUGGCCCUUCCAAGAAAUGAUUACGGGGAGCUUUCAAUUGGUGCAGUGAAGUAUGCGGGAGGACUUCCAUUAGCUCUUGUGGUUUUGGGUUCUUUUCUCAAAGGAAGAAGCAUUGAUGAAUGGAAAAGUAAAUUGGAAAAAUUACAAAGUACACCUCAUGAUAGGAUUCAAAAAAUACUUAGAAUAAGUUUUAAUUCACUGGACAGUUCUACCAAAGACAUAUUCCUUGAUGUUGCAUGUUUUCUUGUCGGUAUGGACAAAGAAUAUGCUAUCAAAAUACUCGAUGGGUUUAAUUUCUCUCCAGCGAUUGGUAUUCCUAUUCUCAUUCAGAGGUCACUGGUGACAAUUGAUUACCGAAAGAAGUUGCAGAUGCAUAAUCUUAUUCGAGACAUGGGAAGAGAAAUUGUUUGUGAAGAAUCACCCAAAUAUCCAGGAAAACGCAGUAGGUUGUGGUUUCACAAGGAUGUCUUAAGUGUACUAGACAAUUGUGCGGGAUCGGAAACUGUCGAGGGUCUCAUCUUAAAUCUCCCUAAACUUGAAGAUGUACAUUUGAAAACUAAAGUAUUUACAAAUAUGAAGAAUUUGAGAUUGCUCAAAAUCAAUUCUAUACACCUAACAGGAUCUUAUGAACAUCUCUCUAAAGAGCUAAAAUGGCUUUGUUGGAAUUGGUGUCCCUUGGAAUUUCUACCACCAAGUUUUCAUCUGGAAAAUCUUGUUAUUCUUGACAUGCAGAAUAGUAAUGUCAAACAAGUUUGGAAGAAGAAGAAAAUAUUCAACAAGUUGAAAGUCCUUAAUCUCAGCAAUUCCAUAUAUCUAACCGAAUCACCAGACUUCUCACAAGUCCCACAACUGGAGAUACUAAUACUUGAGGGUUGCACAAGCUUGGUUAAGGUUCAUGAGUCCACUGGAUAUCUCAAAAGACUUGUUUUGUUAAAUUUACAACGAUGCGAGAACCUUAGGAAUCUUUCGAUCAACAUUUCUAACUUAGAAUCUCUUGAAACUCUUCUCUUGUCUCAGUGCUUUAAUCUUGAAAAGUUACCUGAGCAAUUGGGGAGUUUGACGGCUUUAACGAUGCUGAAAGUGGAGAAUACUGCUAUUAAGUUACUACCAUCAUCCUUCAGCCUUUUGACGAAUCUUGAAACUGUGUCAUUACUUGGAUGUGAAUGUCUUAUCGAAUCACCGGAGUUUUUACACACAUCACGUCUAAAGAUGUUGAUAUUUGCAGGUUGUACAAGCUUAGUUGAGGUUCACAAGUCUAUUGGACUUCUAAAAAGACUUGUUUUCCUAGAUUUAGAUGGAUGCAAGAAGCUUAAGAGUCUUCCAAGCAACAUUUCUAACUUAGAACAUCUUGAAACUUUAUCAUUAUGUGGAUGUGAAUGUCUGAUCAAAUCACCGGAGUUUUUACAAACAUCACGUUUAAAGAUGUUGAUACUUGCAGGUUGUACAAGCUUAGUUGAGGUUCACAAGUCUAUUGGACUUCUAAAAAGACUUGUUUUCCUAGAUUUAGGUGGAUGCAAGAAGCUUAUGAAUCUUCCAAGCAACAUUUCUAACUUAGAACGUCUUGAAACUCUUUUGUUGCCAGACUGCUUCAAGGAGGAUUACAUAAUAAAGGAGUAUUCGAAGAAAAUGACGGAAUUAAAAAUCUUGUACCGAAACAGAGCUGCUAUUACGCAACAACAGUCCUCUACAAGUCCUUUGAGGAAUCCCGCAACUUAUUCAUUAUCUAGAUGCAGAGGAGCAUCCUCAUCAUGGAUAUCACCCAAUAGCUCCAACUGCAUAAGUGUGUUACCGUUCAUUUCUAAAUUAUGUUCUAUGACAUGGAUUAAAAAGCUAGAUCUCAGUGGGCGCAAUUUGUGUGAAGAUGAUUUUCCCAUUGAAUUUGGAGGCUUAUCUUCACUUCAUAAAUUGGAUUUAUCAAGAAACAAUUUUCGUAACCUACCUAAUUGCAUCAGCUGCCUUCCUUCAUUAUAUAAGUUGCAUUUGAAUGAGUGUACUAAUCUUCAAUCAAUCUCAGUCCACAUAGGUGUGAAGCAGUUGAGUGCAAAUGGCUGCACAUUAUUGGAAAGAGUCUUACCUUUGGCGAACGAGAGUUUAGGACCUUUUUCCCUUAAUAUUUACCACAAACGGGUUCCAUGUUUCAAGUGUGGAUAUGGAUAUCUUUUCAUGGGAGGGUGCAACAAUCUAUCACCUGCUUUUAGGGAGAGUGUUCUCCAGAUGAUAUACAAGGCAAAUGCCCGUUUUUCCCUUUGCCUCCCUGGAAGUGAGAUUCCAAAUUGGAUUAGCCAAGAGACGAUCCGUUCUUUCAUAUCCUUUCGUGCACCUUCGUAUUGGGGUCCUGGUAAAAUCUGCAAGUUGCUUGUUUGGGCUGUUUAUGCAAUGAACGAGGAAGCACCCAGAUACUUUGAUCGGAAGGAUGGGUUCCGCUGGAACUUUCGAAAUAAAACUAGAAGACCCAAUGAGUCCUCUGAGUGGCCGUGCGUUGCCAAAUUUUUUGAUAGCUUUGAAGAUCAUAUAGUUGUAGAGGCGAUAGAAUUUCCUGGAGGAACAACACAGGUGAAAAGUGGAGACGAAAUAGAAGUCAGGGUAAAAUGUAUGUCACUGAGGAGGGAAGGGAACAUGUCCGGAAUACAGUGGUGGGAAAAGAACGAGUGCGGAAUACAAGUGAAGAAGUGUGGAAUUCACUUAGUUGACGAGCCAAAAUGUUAUAGAUGAAGACUAAACAUCUGAUUUUGAUAUUUCUAUGGAUGAUGAGGUCUGACCCAUCAGCAAUUCGAGAGCACAAAUCCCCUCAAAGGUUAAUUUUUCCCUUUGAAUGAUGAAGAAGGGCAAUAUCAUCUUCAACGGUGGGGCAGAAGCACUCUUACUGUCACCCAGAAAACAGUCAAGCUUGCCUCCGCCUCAAGCAGAUGGUACACUUGCAGGAAUUCUUCGAAUAUGUAACUGAAUAAGCACGGCAUACUGCAGGGAGACUACACUAGGUGGUUUGAAAAGCAAGUCCGUGUGUUCCAAUGGGCAGGAAACAAGUGUGUCUCCUGCAUCAAGUGUUUCAGGCUCAAAUUUGAUGUCUCCAAGCAAUCACCUGUUUUCUGGACCAACUCCAAUUAAUUGUCAGAAAGCUCUUUUCAGGAUCUUCUCCUCUUGGUGAUGCUGGCAUAUUUAUCCAAUGAAGAGUUUCGAGACAAAUUUGAAAUGAAGAAAGGAGCUUUCUCAAGAUGUCGUUUGAUCUAUUUGAGGGCAUGCUUUCUUGAGACUAAAGCUAGAUGAUUGGAGAAUUUCAAGACUGCUUAGAACUCGACAAGUUACUGGAGCAAUUGGAGAAUUUGAAGGCUUUAAAAUGCUUGCACGCAAGCAGAAUUGGUAGUAAGCAACAACCAUCCUCACCCAAAAGCUCCAACAUCCUAAGUUUGUUACCUUCCAUUAUUGAAUUAUUUUCUUUGACAAAACUGAGACAGCUAGUCCUAGGUGGGUGCAAUUUGUCUGAAGAUGAGCUUCCCAUUGAAUUUGGAUGUUUACCUUCACUCAAUGUGUUGGAUUUAUCAAGAAACAAUUUUUGUAACCUACCUAGGCUUAUCAGCCGCCUUCCUGGAUUACGGGAUUUGUCUUUGCACGAGUGUACUACUCUUCAAUCCAUCUCACUGCACACAAGUGUACCAGUUUUGAGAGCAAAUGGCUGCACCAUCAUUGGAAAGAAUCUUAAUUUUGACUGACCAGAGUUUUGCAAGUUCUUUUGAACUUAAUUAUUGCAAGAAACUAGUUGAGAUUCAAAGUUUGAAAAGUUUGGGACCUCAAUCAGAUGUUUACAUGGGAAGGUGCAACAAUCUAGCAUA